UCAUUAGUAAGAACUUUUCCAAAUAAUUUCAUCACAGUGGGUUGACAUUGAAUCUGAUGAGAAUUAACAACAUACGUUUUUAAGGUGUAUUUUGACCCAAAUACAAAUAACAAAAGGAUGCUUCCCAGUCAUAGAGGAAGUUGGGUUACUUUAACUCCACACUGAGUUCGGUUUAACUGGACUCUCUCACAGGGUGUGUGUAACUCCCAUUUGGUGUUGGAAGAGCCAUCUUCAAUCGUGCAACUGGAUUAUAGCCAGAAAGUACUGCUCGUGUCUACACUACAAAGAAGCCUGCUUUUUUACACGGAAGAAAAGUCUGUCAAGCAGAUUGGAACACAACCAAGGAAAAGCACUGGGAAAUUUGGAGCUUGUUUUAUACCAGGACUUUGUAAGCAGAGUGAUCUGACCUUGUACGCAUCACGGCCUGGGCUCCGACUGUGGAAGGCAGACAUCCAUGGGACUGUUCAAGCCACGUUUAUCUUAAAAGAUGUCUUUGCUGGAGGGGUCAAGCCUUUUGAACUGUACCCACGUCUGGAAUCCUCCAACAGGGGAGGUUGCAGCUUACCUGAGAAACACCUGGGGCUUGUUUCGUGUUUCUUUCAAGAAGGCUGGGUGUUGAGUUGGAAUGAAUACAGUAUUUACCUUCUAGACACCGUCAACCAGUCCACAAUUGCUGGUUUGGAAGGAUCAGGUGAUAUCGUGUCUGUUUCCUGCACAGAAAAUGAAAUAUUUUUCUUAAAGGGAGAUAGGAACAUUAUAAGAAUUUCAAGCAGACCUGAAGGACUGGCAUCAAUAGGGCGAGAUGGUCUGGAGAUGCCAGGAUGUGCAGAGCAGGCCCCCGGGCAGCGUGUGGAGAAGCCGUCGGGGGCCCCGGUUUCUGAGACGAGGCUCAGGGGCUCUUCCGUGGCCAGUGAGCCAAGGAGCAGGAGCAGCUCGCUCAACUCCACCGACAGUGGCUCCGGGCUCCAGGCAGCUCCAGAGCUGGGGAGGGGCAGCCAGCCCGCCUCACAGAGAUUCAGCGUGAUUAGCUCAGAAGACUUUGACCAGGAGCUUGUCGUGAAGCCUCUGAAAGUGAAAAAGAAGAGGAAGAAGAAGACAGAAGGUGGAAGCAGGAACACGUGCCACAGCUCCCUUGAAUCGACUCCCUGCUAUGAAUUUCCGGGUGACAGUCCCCAGUCCUUGAGCACAGACCUGCUGUCCAUGACCUCAAGUUUGGGCAGCAUCGUGGAUCGGUCGAGCACAGAGUCUCCUGACCAGGAGAGUAACCUUAGUGGUGAGGUGAAUGGUGUCCUGCAGGAAAAUAAUGACCCCGAGGCAUUCAGUGUCCUGGAGGUGCCGGAGCCUGCCCCUGACGUACUGAAUGAAGGGAAUGGCGACAGAGCUGGACUCCCACGAUGUAACCGUGCAGACGACACAGAGCCACACAGUGCAGUGUGGACUUCACUCUUGGAGCUGAGGGAAGCUGUGGAAGGUAGUGACGUUACAGAGCUCAUAGAGGAACCUUGUCCCGCAGACGAUGAACUGAAUAGCAGACAGUCACCCUGUCGAGAACAGGACAGCUCUGCUGAGGCCCGGGAAGCGGAGGACAUGCCUGAUGUCCCCCAAAGCACUUUUUCUGAAGUCCCCUUCCUGGACUCCCUCCCGGUGCCUUCCAGCCUCAGCUGGGUCCCCCAUGCCGAGCAGCGGCUGCCGGGGACCAGAGCUGACAAAGGCUGUGCUGAGGAGCCCAGCAAGGAGCAGGGCUUCCUCACGCACAUGGGGGGUCCCGGCCACCUUGGCUCACAUCCCUGGCACACUGUCACUGACGGUGACACAGGCCUGAAGCAAAUGGUUGCGUUGGAAUGUGACACGGGGAGUGUGGGAGGACGGCUGGCACCCCCGGUCUCCGCCUUGGCAGCUCACACUCGUGAGCCUCAGCUUGAGCAGCCUUCACGGGACCAGGUGUUGACGUCCAGUGACGAGGAGGACAUCUACGCCCACGGGUUGCCUUCCUCUUCCUCGGAGACCAGUAUGACAGAGCUCGGUGGUAGUCGCUCUCUGCAGGACCUGAGCCAGCCUGGCGCAGAUGACACUGGGCUGCUAAAGUCAGAUCAGGUGUGUGGGUGUGGGGUGGGCCGGUUUCCUGAGGGUCCACCCAACCCAUGUAGUUAAGGAUGGUUAUUCUUGG